AUGAAUCCCACUGCGGCCGACCCAGCACCGCCGCCUCCGCCUCCGCCUCAGCCGCCCCGGUCCUCUUUCAGCUGUGACCGCCACCCUGAAGAGAAAUUUUCCGGCUUCUGUCCCUCAUGCCUCUGCGAGCGACUCACCACUCUCGACCAGUCCUCUUCAAAUCCCUCCUCCUCCUCUCGCCGGCCCUCCACCUCCUCCGCCUCCGCCGCCGCAGCCAUUAAAUCCCUCUUCUCUUCUUCCUCCAGGCCUUCUACCUCUUCUUUCACCACCACCGCCGGCAAUAGCAGCAACCCACCACCCCCAAAGCCCUCCUCCUCAAAGCAAACCUCUUUCUUCCCGGAGCUCCGCCGGACUAAGUCAUUCUCCGCCUCCAAGCACGAGGGUUUAGGCUUAAAUUUCUCCGGAGCUUUCGAACCUCAGCGGAAGUCCUGUGACGUCCGGGUCCGUAACACACUCUGGUCCCUCUUCACCAUCGACGACGAGUCUAAACCCACCUGCUCCAGUAGUAGACCUUCCUCUUCUUCCAUUCCUAAAGACUCAACCGAGACUUACCUUCAUAAACCCGUUUUUGAGUCCAAAGAGGAAGAAGAUGAUGAUGAAGAAGAGGAGCCUGAAAUUGGAGGAAGUGAAGGCAGUAACAAUGGUAGCAGCGGUGGCAGGGAUGAUGAUAUUACCCCUGUGGCUUUAAGAGUUCAAGAAGCUCCGGGAGAAAUUGUUGUAGAAAGAGGGGACAUUAAUCUGGAGAUAGUAGAAGAAGAGGAGGUGUUCGAUUUCGGCGCAAUGAAGCCUAUGAAGGACCAUAUAGAUCUUGAUUCACAAUCUAAGAAGGCUCCGGCUACCGGCGGGGGAAGGGACCUGAAGGAAAUUGCUGGGAGUUUCUGGUCGGCGGCCUCGGUUUUCAGCAAGAAAUGGCACAACUGGAGGCGAAAACAGAAGCUCAAGAAGCGGAGCAAUGGGGAAUUAUCAGCUACAUUGCCUGUAGAGAAGCCUAUUUCCAGGCAGUACAGGGAAACCCAAUCAGAAAUUGCCGAUUACGGGUUCGGAAGGCGUUCUUGUGAUACUGAUCCGAGGUUCUCUCUAGAUGCCGGAAGAAUCAGUUUCGAUGACGGAAGAUACUCUUUUGAUGAGCCUCGAGCUUCUUGGGAUGGAUACUUGAUUGGAAAUAGGGGAAAUUAUCCCAGAAUGAUGCCACCUAUGGUCUCUGUUGUUGAAGAUGCUCCGGUAGUACACGUUCCCCGCGCCGACGGUCAAAUUCCGGUGGAAGAACCCAAUGAAGAUGACCGUGUGCCUGGUGGGUCCGCUCAGACUAAGGAGUAUUACUCCGAUUCGAGUUCCAGGAGGAGGAAGAGUCUUGACAGGUCCAAUUCCAUCCGGAAAACGGCAGCUGCUGUGGUGGCGGAGAUUGAUGAAAUGAAAGCAGUCUCUUCCAAUGCCAAAGUUUUGCCUGCUACAACAACAAUGGAUUACGUUAAUGGUGUUAAUAAUGGUGCCAAGGAGUCCUGCAGGGAAAGGGAUGCAAAUUCGAAUUCUUUAAGGGAUGACUGUUCGGAGACAUUCGAGCUUAAUGCUUCGGUGGUUGGAAAUGGCGAAAGAAAGGGACCAAAGAAGUCAAGGAGGUGGAGCUGGAAAAUUUGGGGGUUUAUACAACGCCGCGGCGGCAACAAGGAUGACGAUGAUGAUCGAUACAGUAAGGUUAAUGGGGUGGAAAGGUCACUUUCGGAGUCUUGGGCUAAUGGUGAUGGAAAGGAAGGGUUCAACAGGAAGGUUUUCCGGAGUAAUAGUAGUGUGAGCUGGAGGAAUUCGAAUUACAUUGGGGGUGCGGGAUCAUUUGGUGGUGGAAGUGUGAGGAAAUUUGGAGUGGAAAUGACUAAUGGUAAUGUGAAUGGGAAGAAGAGAAGGGAUGAGUUCGUCCUGGAGAGAAACCGGAGUGCGAGGUAUUCGCCGAACGACGUGGAUAACGGCCUCCUCCGGUUUUACUUGACACCCCUCAGGGGCAGCCGCAGAGGCGUUGGCGGUGGUGGUGGUGUUGUUCCGGCUGCGAAAAUAAGGCCAAAUGGCGCUCAUUCAAUUGCAAGAAGUGUAUUGCGACUCUAUUGA